AGGUUCCGCUUCUGUGGAGACCUGGACUGCCCAGACUGGGUCCUGGCGGAGAUCAGCACGUUGGCAAAAAUAUCCUCAGUUAAGAUGAAGCUGCUGUGUGUACAGGUGCUGAAGGAGCUGCUCGGAGAGGGAAUUGAUUAUGAGAAGAUCACUAAACUCACGGCUGACGCAAAGUUUGACUCCAGCGACGUUAAGGCCACCAUCGCGGUGCUGAGCUUCAUUCUGUCGAGCGCUGCCAAAUACAGUGUGGACGGAGAAUCGUUGUCCAGUGAAUUACAACAACUCGGUCUUCCAAAAGAGCAUGCCGCUGGAUUCUGUAAGUCUUACGAAGACAAACAGGCUGCCCUGCAGGACAGGCUAAAGGAGACGAGCCUCAGGUUGAAUAAACUGGACUGCGUAUCGUGGCGCGUGGACCACACUCUGAGCUCCAGUGAGCUGCAGGAAGUCAAUGAGCCGGUUAUUCACCUGAAGAUUAACGUCCGCAAUGUGGACACGAAUCUCGUGGAGCCCACGGUCAUGUCCGUGACAGCCAACAAGUUUCGGGUCUUGCUUACAGAACUCAAGCAAGCUCAGGCACUGAUGAACUCCUUGAACUGAGGAAGAUUUGUUCCAUUUGAUUUUUCCUGUGUUUUGUUGGAUUCACUGGAGACUGGGACAGAGAAAGGGGGGGAAGGAAAGAGACAUUCCAAAAGAUCUUUUAUUAAAAAAAGCAACCAUAAGUGUAAGACAUA